UGAACAUUUCAAUCAGUGCUGUGAAAAUGUAUCUAAUUGAGUGUGACGAUGAUGCCUCUUUGUGCAUUGUAGAGGAUCACGAAAUAAUUUGUGACGAUGAAAGUGUACAAAUUGGAAAUAUAGUACAAUUUGUUUAUCAAAAGAAAUUAUACAAAGGAAGAAUAAUUAUGCACUCUGACAAUAUAACGAUUUUAAGAGAAGAAGUAAAAAAAUUGGGAGCCAAAAAAAUGAUAAAUAAGACGCAAAGUGACAUAAUUUUAUCAGAGACAAGAAUACGUAAAAAGCCAAAAAUUUAUUCCCCAAAUGGAUCCAACACUACUCAAGAAAAGUUGCCAAAUAAAAGGAAACUAAAAAGGAAUGCCAAAAAUUGGAAUAAACCAAAAGAAAGUAAACACUCUCAACAAUCCGUAUCAAAGUUGAUGAAAGAAAAUCAAUGCUUAAUGAAAGAACAUUGUUUACAAAAUUGUUCUUCUACUUCAUCAGAAGAAGAAAGCUUAUUGAAAAAUAAAAAACAGAAGGAUUAUUCAUGUAAUAAGCAACGAGAUAUUAAUGCUUUAAAAAUCAUUAAUAACAAUUCGUUGGAAUCCUUUGACAAAAAUGUGACUACAGAUAAACAAUUACCAAACAAAUCAAGUAUUCAAGAAAUUAAUUGUCGAAAUAAUUUGAAACAAGAUUUAAUACAAUUAAGUUUAACUAAAAAAUCAAGAUUCCAUCAAGGCAAUGAAAAAUCAAACGAAAAUAGCACUUCAUCAGAAGAAGAAAGCUUAUCGGAAAAUAAAAAACAAGAUUACUCAUGUAAUAAGCAACGAGAUAAUAAGGCAUUAAAAAUCAUUAAUAACAAUUCAUUAGAAUUCCAUGACAAAAAUGUGACUGCAGAUAAACAAUUACCAAACAAAUCAAGUAUUCGAAAAAUUAAUUGUCGAGAUAAUUUGAGACUAAUUUCAAACGAAAAUAGUACUUCAUCGGAAGAAGAAAGAUUAUCGGAAAAUGAAAAACAGGAGGUUCAGUAUUCACGUAAUAACGAUGACUGUGAAGAGAUUUAUGACCCUGUUAUUGCUGCUGCAAAAAUGUUAACUAAACCUGAUCAGCUUUAUGGAAAAUAUUGGCCCCAUGAACCGAUGGUACUACUUAUAAACGACGUUUACUGUCGAAAAAAAAUUUGGAUGUCAGCUUUAGGAAAUUCUAAAGCAGUGACACAUCUUGCUCGACGAUUGAUUGUGGGUGUGUUUAAAAAGGAAAAACUACUAAAAUGUACUCUCAGUGGUCAACCACCCAGAGCACAAGGCAAAGAGAGACAAAACGAAGAGAUUGAGGGUCUUGACGUAAGAGCAAAAGAUGCAAUUAUUGAUUACGCAAUAUUAAUGGGUGAAUCCAAAAAUUGGAACGUGCCAGAUAGACGAGUCAUAGAGCGUAGCAUGACUCAACAAAUCGGACGGUUAAAGUUGGAGUUAAAACAAGCUCUUGUAAGAGAGCAGGACUAAUUUACUAUUUUUGUUUUAUGUUUAUUUUGAUAAUUUAAAUAAAUAAUUUUUUAUGUAAUUAUCGUGCAAUAUUUUACUGCAUUUGCAUGUACAAUAUUUGAAAUAUAUUUUUUUUAAUUGUACGAUAAUUGUUUGUAAAAUAAAAAUUUAUAAAAUUGCA